ACUUGUAGGUGUGGCUGACUGACUUAUAUAAUAAAGGGUAAAAACGAAACGAGUUAAACGAAAGUGCUGCAAACGACAGGAUGGCGACAGCUCGUUCGUUCUCAGAAGAGGAGAACCCCUCUGACUGUGAGUUUGAUGCCAGCGAGGAGUCUGACAGUGACGAUAACACAGAUGAAGAGUCUGAUCCUCAGGUCAAUGGGCGCGAGCCCUGCAAGUUCUACAACAAGGGGCGCUGUCGGGAUGGUACAAAUUGCCAAUACUUGCACAUGUGCAAAUACGCCCUGAAAGGAAACUGUCACUACGGCUCCAGGUGUAAACUGAACCACCCCAGAGAGAGGAGGGCGUCCUCUGGAGCGAGACACCGCUCAACAUCUACAGAGCCUAAGCUUACUGACGGCCGGUUCUACCAGUGGCAGCUGAAUGCUGGAAAUAACUGGUUGGACAUUGAAAAUGAUCACAUUAUCGAGGCGCAGUACUCUCUACCCCACACCAAAAGCAUUAAACUCUACAACACACAAUACGGGGCAGUGAGUAUAGACUUUAAAAGACUGAAGGUGUAUGGAAAGAAUCUGAGAGUGAGACGUCUGGAUGAUGGAAACACCGAGUGGAUCUGGUUCUGCACCUUGCGUCGUAAGUGGAAGAAGUAUGGAGACAAGGAUUCAAAGGGAAACCCCAGUCCUGUGAAGAGCUCCGACGUCGAGAAUAAGUUCCAGAGUAACCCAACCGGCUCUUACACAUUCAACAUUGGUGCUGAGACUUUUGAGAUCAAAUUUAAAGACAUGCGACAGGUGGGUCAAAAUGGAAAGAGAAAAGUGACUCGCCGACCGCUGUACCGACAAAAGCAAGUUGCAGCAGCAGCAGCAGCAAGGAAUAAAUGUACCGGGCUACACGCCCAAGCUAACUACAAGCAGAAAAAGGAGAAAACAGCCCGAGGGUCCAACGGACCAACCGGGCCGGACAACACAUCAAUGAGCAGCCCUGAAAAGACAAAGGACCAAAGGAUCCUGAGAGAAUGCAGCUGUGGGUGGUCCAAAGUAACAACUUACCUGGGACUGCGUGUCCACCAGGGGAAGGCAAAGUGUGUCGGCAACGAUCAGCAAGUUUCUACACUCGCCUCAGUUCUCCAGAACAUUCCUCUGAGCAAUCCACAAUGGCAGUUUGAGGGAAAAAAUGGAGCAUGGUACAUUUUCAAACACAGGCAGAGGGGCACUUCAACUGAGUGCUCAGUAUCCAGCGAUGACAUUGAGAGGAAGUACCAGCAGGACACCACCGGCACCAUGCGCUUCAAUGUGAACACUCAGUCCUACGAGCUGAACUUCCAAGCAAUGACCCAAACCAACCUCCAGAACAGAAGUUCACGCACCAUCAGACGUGUGCUUGUAUGAGCAUGAAGGAAGAUUUUGUGGACCUCAGGGAGAAAGUCUACAUCCGUUAAAAAAAAAAAAAAAAUCUAUCUUUGUUGUUUGGGACGUAUUGUUUUUAUUGUUUACGUGUUACAUGUUAACCUCUUUAAACAGAGUAUAAUACUCUCUUUACAUAAGGAAGUAGUUUAGCAUGAGGAUGACGGAUACUGAAGCCUUUAUUUUUAUUACUUUUAUUCAGCUGCCAAUUGUCUGUUUAGCCAAAAGGGCUGUGAAGUGUACACACUACAACUCAAAGCUGCCUUACAAACGGUGACUCAGGUACUGUGCCAAACUGUUCUUCCCGCUCAUUGCCUUACCAAAGAGAUCGGUUACAUUUAUUGAUGUGAUGAAACAAAAGAACAAGCACACCUGAAAACAUUGGACGAAAAAUCUGAUGUUUCAUCUAUGCAGUAUGAUAUGUAUCAACCAUAAGUAUCAACACACUCUUCUGCAGAACAAAUGAAGUUGCCACCAGAUUGAAUGCAAAUGUUUGCGCCUUUCUGAACAGCAUUAUACUGCCUCUGAACACUUUCAAUCUUUAUGUCAGUGGGUUAAACGAUUCUCCAGAAAAGGGUUUUAUUGUUGACUUUGAUAACAGGUCUGCCAUCCUUCUUUAGUGUCCAUUAUUGUUUCCUAGGUCUUAAGAUUUACUUAACUUUACUUAACAAACCAAAGAGCUCUGUAUUGCGCCGAAACUUGAAAUAAAAUGAAAUAUUAAAACAUU